CUGGAGUGAAAUCUCAAUCUGUCAAGUGCGACACAAGUCAGUUUGUCUCUUUCAGAAGUUUGAUAGAUUUAUUAAUUGCCCACGAUGUCUGUAUUGCGGUCUUCGAACUUGCUGUUCCCCAAAAAACUGAUUAAGAUCGUUAAAUCAUUCGUCUCGUAUGAUUGUACCAGGACAAAUCUUAUUUUAAAUGAAGAUACCAAAGUAAUAGUUCAGGGAUUUACAGGAAAAACAGCGACUUUGCACAGCAAGCUUUCCCUGGAAUACCAUACAAAGAUAGUGGGAGGUACGAAUCCGAAAAAGGGAGGCCAGAAGCAUUUAGACUUGCCAGUUUUCAGCUCAGUGAAAGAAGCAAAAGAAGCUGUUGAUCCACACGCAACCGUUAUAUUUGUCCCGGCACCGACAGCAGCAAAGGCAAUUUUUGAAGCCAUAGAUGCGGAAAUUCCACUCAUUGUGUGCAUCACAGAUGGGGUGCCUUUGCAGGACAUGGUUCGAGUAAAACACGCACUUCUUCAGCAAGACAAGUCCAGAAUGGUAGGCCCCAACUGUCCAGGGAUAAUAGCGUCGGAAAAGUGUCGCAUAGGAAUCAUGCCGAAUGCAAUUCACAAAAAAGGAAUAGUGGGAAUAGUUUCAAGAUCUGGUACCUUGACAUAUGAAGCCGUUGAUCAAACCACGAAAGCAGGACUGGGCCAGAGUUUGGUUAUUGGAAUAGGAGGCGAUCCGUUCAACGGUACUAGUUUUAUCGACUGUUUGGAUGUAUUCCUGAACGACGAAAACACCAAAGGAAUCGUAUUAAUUGGUGAAAUUGGAGGUCAGGCAGAAGAACAAGCUGCAGAAUAUCUGUCAGAAUGCAACGUAGGGUGCAAAGCUAAGCCCGUCGUCUCUUAUAUCGCCGGAUUAUCGGCCCCACCGGGUCGAAGAAUGGGGCACGCUGGCGCUAUCAUAUCGGGAGGCAAGGGAAAAGCCAUCGACAAGAUAAACGCACUCAGGAGCGUAGGUGUGAAAAUUGCUAAAUUUCCUACGGAAAUUGGGAAAGUAUUGCAUGCUGAAAUGGAAAGACUACGGAUUAUUUGAUUUUUUACACAUUCGUAUUGUUUAAAUAAAUUUAUAAAAGGGAUUAUUUCUACAGAAGUCACUGGCUAACUAACAAGUUAUAAUAUAGUUAUUUUGCUGGAAAAACUAUUAGAAA